CACACACACACACACACACACACACACACACACACACAAACUGAACCAGAUAGGAGCAACGUGUUUGAACUGGGCAGAGCACGAAAAAGAAAGUUUAACCCGACUGGAACGUACACAUAUGCUGCCACCUUUUGGACAACACGGUGUCAAAACGGAGCCAAAUACAAAGAGGGGGAAUGAAUCUCAAAUAUAAUUUAUUAGUAGGACAAGACCAAGGGAGACCAGGCGCCAGGCGAGUGGAGAUGACCCCUAAAUGUUGGAUGCUGCGUUUGUUCGUGCUGAUAAGCAGCGGCCUGGAGACUUCUGGAGGUUCAGGGGGCGGUUUGCAGUCAACGCGGAGUUAUGAUUACACCAAAUACCACCCCAUGGACGAGAUUUACAGGUGGAUGGAAGACGUGGAGCGUGGGAACCCGGAGCUGGUCUCCUCCGCGGUCUACGGACACACCGUUGAAGGAAGAAAUAUCACUCUGCUGAAGCUGGGACUGGACAAUUCAGAGGGCCGAGAGAAGAAGCUGAUGUGGGUGGACUGCGGCAUUCACGCACGGGAGUGGAUCGCUCCCGCCUUCUGCCAGUGGUUUGUUAAAGAGAUUGUGCACACAUACAAAACCAAUGAGAAGCUGGAGCAGAUGCUGCAGAACCUCGACGUCUACGUCACUCCUGUCAUCAAUGUGGACGGAUAUACAUUCACCUGGGCCAACGACAGUACUCGUCUCUGGAGAAAGUCCCGUUCCCUCCCACUGCAGGGGAGUAACUGUUAUGGUGUUGACCUCAACAGGAACUUUAAUGCCAACUGGGGGACGGUUGGUGUGUCGUUUGAUAGCUGUGCAAACACCUACUGUGGGAAAUCGCCAGGGUCCGAGCCAGAAGCUAGAGCUGUGAUGGACUUCAUCGGUAGGAGGGUGAACCAGACCCUGUGCUUCCUCACCAUCCACUCUGCUGGGCAGCUUAUUCUCCUGCCAUAUGGCCACCCGGAGAUCUCUGCACCCAACUACAACGAACUGGUUUCCGUUGGCGAGGCGGCAGCAGCGGAAAUGAAGAAGGUUCACGGAAUGACGUACACCGUGGGAACGUCUCCACAAAUCCUCUAUCCGAACUCCGGUUCGAGUCGCGACUGGGCUCGUCUCAUGGGUGUCCCGUUCUCGUACACCUUCGAGCUGCGAGACACAGGUGAGUUCAGCCACUUGCUGCCGGAGGAGCAGAUACAGCCGGCCUGCGAGGAGGCGUACGCAGGGGCUCUCUCCAUCAUCACGCACGUUCACGACAAGACUUUCAGCAGCGCGGCCGUCGCCGCGGUGACGGGCGUCGCCUCGGCCUCUGGGGUCGCUGUGGCGAUUUUGAGCACUGUCGUGUCUGCGUUAGUCACUGCCGGGGUCUCAGCGUGCGACUGAGAACCUUUGUCAUACAAGACUGGUGCUGUCGAUUUGUGCUUGGAAGAUGAUGCUGGAGGUUUUCUGGUGGUGGCAAACCGGCGAGGCACCGACUGAGCUUUGAACGAAAUUGUUUAAUCUUGCAGUUUGUAAUCCCUCUCAAUCAUUAGUGUCCAUUAAAGAAGAAUAUAGCAAAUGAA